AUGGCACGGUCGGCCGAAAAGGUCAAGGAGGAAAACGCGGAUCAAACUGAGAAGGGAAAUACCGAAGUCAGCCAAAAGGUCACCGAAGGUGGUGGCGCCGUCAGCAGCAACGAGCUGAUCGACGAGGGAAAGGUCAAACAGGAUGACCUUUCGGGAAACUCACUGUUCUUACAAGAACAGCUGGAAGAGAAUGGUACCAGCCCCACGUCAAGUGACAAGUUUUGCACUGACGAUGAGGACGAAACGACGAUACGGACGUCUUUCCAUACGGCAAUGAAGGAGGCCAACUUAACGAAAGGGAUGUUUGAAACGACCCUCCAGGACAAGUUAGAAGAGACCUUUGAAGGAACGGCGUCAGGAAGAGCCGACGACCGGGAACAAAGGUCAUCAUCACCAAAAACGUCUGUAUUGAACGGAUUAAAGCAGCGCGUCAAGGAACUAGAACAACUCCUCGACGAAAAGGAAGCGCAAGCUUUCGCUGCGAUACGGGACCAACGCAACAAAACCUUUGAAGUCGAAGCCAGAUUGAGCGUGAUGGAACAAGAAAAGGUCACGUUCGAAGAUGAAGCGCAACAAUGGAAAGUCAGAUUUGAAGGUCAGAAAAAAGCUGCAGAGGAUCUGAGGAAAAUGGUAGAAGAUCGAGACGCGGAAGGUAUACUCACCGCAGAAAACUACGGUCUGUCCGAGGAAGCAGCUGAAAGGUCACAGGAAAUAGCAGAAUUGAAAAAGGAGCAUGACCUUUUACAGUCAAAGGUCAAGGAGGCCGAGAAAAAACGGGACGAAUCUCUAGCAAAUGCGACGAAGUUCACCGGAAAGGUCACCAGCUUGACGGCUGACAUCUCGAAACUGAAGGAUGACCUUAAAUUACGCGAAGACCUUGUCAACACGUUACAAACAGAAUUAAAAGAGAUGAAAAGGAAACACAACGAAGCGGAAAGCCAGAGAGAUCAAGCAGCAAAGGAACUGCUUGAACUGGCUGAAAUAACAAAAACUGAAAUCAAGCGACUCAAUGACGAAAUCGACAACCAAAAGAAAGAAGCAAAGAAGUGGUUGAAGGAAGCACAACGGUGUGACGAACGGGUCACUGUGCUAGAAGUCGUGAAUAAAGAAGGAAAGACAGAAAAUGAAAAACAAAAGAAGAGAUCGCCAAAUUGA